AUGCAGGCGCAAUACCGUUCCUAUCAACAAGGGACACCUUCACGGGCGUCUCACGGUGGUGGUAAUAGAAGAGGUAUAGCACCUGCGGCCGCGGCACAAACUAGAGAACAAAUGUCGGCCCAACAAUAUCAACAGCAGCAGCAGCUUAUCCUCAAACAAAAGGAAGCGGCGAAAAAGAGAGCAAGCGAACCAACGGAUAAAAACAUUCCAGAUGGAGUAGAGGAUGUGAUUAUUGGGGAUGGCGUGCAGAGAUACAGAGAGUUGAGAGACAUUGAAAGAAGAUUGGAUGCGACAAUGACUAGGAAGAGACUGGACAUCCGAGAAAGUGUGGAUAGGAAUGUUAAGAGACAUCGAACGUUAAGACUUUGGAUCAGUAAUACUGUGGAAGAUCAACCUUGGCAAUCGGAUAAUACACUGGAUGUCGAUGCUUUUGAUUUUAGCACCAAUAUGGACUCUUCAUUUCGGGUUAAGAUUGAGGGAAGAUUAUUGGAUGAUGAUGAGGAGGAAAGUGAUGAUAGCGACGACGAGGAUGAGGAAGCGGAAGCGGGAGCCGAUUCCAUGGAUGUGGACAAGAAGAAGAAGACGAGACCUCCGGGACGACUUUAUAAAUUUUCACAUUUCUUUAAAUCUAUGACAGUCGACUUUGAUCGAAAUCAACGAACCAAAGACGGAGCAGAUCAGAGUGUGGAGUGGAAGAAACCUAGUGUUGCGCCAAAUGCCAAUGGUCUUCCAGCAGCUGCAGACUUUGACCAAUUAGAAUUCAAGAGGUCAGGCGACGAAAAUUGCAAUAUUGUCAUCAACCUGGUCCGCGAUGAAACACCCGAAAGAUUUCAAUUAAGUCCAGUUCUCGCAGCUAUCUUAGAUACUAAUGUUGGUACUCGUGAAGAAGUCACAAUGGGUAUUUGGAGUUAUAUCAAAGCCAUGGGACUUGCGGACGAUGAUGAAAAGAGAACCUUUGAGCUUGACGAGAGACUCAGACCACUUUUCCCAGGUCGAGAAAAAGGAUAUUGGCCCCAGCUUGGUGAUGCCAUUAUAUCACAUACUACAAUUCUCCAGCCAGUUCGUCUCCAUUACACUAUCCGUGUAGACAAAGAGUUCCACGAAAACCCUCAACCAACGAUCUAUGACGUGCAAGUAACAGUUGAAGAUCCUUUGAAAGCUGCUCUCGAAGCUGCCACCAGAAACCCCGCUUAUGCUGCCAAUCUUCUUGAGCUCGCAACAUUAGACAAACAACUAGCGGUUAUGGUCCAAGCCAUUGCUAAUUCCAAAUCAAAACACUCAUUCUUUGAUGCACUUUCGAAAAAUCCUACAGAAUUUAUUAGAAAAUGGAUCAGUUCGCAAAAGAGAGAUUUGGAAAUCAUUGCUGGUGAUGGAAUGAGAGGCGGUGGAGAGGAUGCUACAAGCGAUGAAUGGAGAAAGGGGGGUGCAGAUGGUGUUUGGGGAAGUACCAAUGUAAAGGAACUUGCCUCUUUGAUGAUUAGUACUGGAAAAGUCAGGACUACGGGUUAG